AUGGAUUCUGAACAUUUGUGUGAUGUAUUCCCAGCAGACACCAACACCCCUAUUUCUGCCGAUCAUUUCAUCUCAUCUUCUUCAAGCGAACAGUACUUCAAGAUCGAGGUCGAAUCCAAAAGCUACUAUCUCAUGGACGGCGUCGUUUUAGACCAUUUUACUACUACGAAUGAGUGUGGCUUCUCUAAUAUCCCAAAGCAAGACAUAGAACUGUUCAUCCAUACGAUGUUGCCUCAUUUUAAUGUUCCUGGGAAUGCUCAACCUCUCAUGGCAGCAAAAAUCUUGGCCUGCGCAGAACACAUGGCGAAUGUGACGCACAAGAACCACAAGAUUCUGGGUAUGCGUGUUGCUAUAUCGAAUACCACUCAGCUUUAUCAUUAUGAAUAUCUUCUUCGUAGGGCUGUGAAUGAAGUGAAUGAACAUGAAGAUCAUCUGAGAUCGAUGCCGGCAAGCAAGUCAGCCGUUGAGGGAUUGGUAGGGCUGAAAGUUGAACAAAAGGAAGAGAGUACUGUGGUGGGAAGAAAACUUUGUAACUGCGCAAUUUGCUUUGAAGAUUUUUCAAUUGAUUCAGAAGCUCUUCGCAUGCCAUGCUUACACUUGUUUCACAAAAUCUGCAUCAUUAAUUGGUUAAAGAAUCGCAACACUUGCCCUCUCUGUCGUUUUCAAAUGCCUGCAGGUGUGAUCAUCAAUGAGGCCCGAGCUGCAUAA